AUGGCUACCACAGGCCUGACUCCCAAGCAAGAAGCCGCUUUUAGGCGAAGCAAGCAACUCUCGGUCGAGCAACGCGAAGAACUCCUGAAGCCGUUUCUUCCCUCUGAGCCUUCUGAUAGCGAGAAGGAGGCGCAGAGGAAGAAGGCACUCCGCGACCGCCGCCAGCGCGCAGCCCAACAGAGCCGCAAGCCUCUCGUAGGCCCCAUCAAGACCUUCCUCCACCUCGCUAUCUACCACGUCGUUGCGCUCCUGUUCAGCGUCUUCUUCCGUUUCCGCCGCGCCUACCGACUGGUGAGGGGGAAGGUUGUCUCUCUGCUCAAGUACCAUCACCGCACGCCAGAGUUCAUAGCCCACGAUGUCAAGGACCUGGAAAAGCUGCCCAAACACCUCAGUGUGAUAGUGGACUACCAGGAAGACGACGGAAGUCAGGGUACAGCCGGGCUGGAAGGACUAGUGAACGAUGUCUGUGAGAUAGCAGCCUGGGCAGCGAGUGCCGGCAUACCGUUUCUGAGUGUCUAUGAGCGGACGGGCGUACUUAAGAACUAUCUCCCCCAAACUCACGCUUCCAUCUGGUCGACCCUAGAAGCCUACUUCGGCCCUCGUAGAAAGCCCACCCUCUCCCUCCGUGCACCCCACCUUUCCUCGUACUCCCCUCCCAAUACGCCUCCUCAGAGUGCAGACGACGAACUGAAAGAGGAGGAACGUCAACAUCUCACCGUCCUCCUUCUCUCUGAACAUGACGGCCGCGACACCAUCGUCGACCUGACGCGCACACUGGCCGAGAUGGCACAAAAGGGCGACGUGCGACAAGAGCAGAUCAACACUGAUUUGAUUGAUGCCCAGCUGAAUGACCAUGUUUCGAGCGAACCGGAUCUUCUGAUCCUGUUCAGCCCUACUGUGCAACUCAAGGGCUAUCCGCCGUGGCAGCUGAGGUUGACCGAGAUGUUCCACCUGCCAGACAACAAGGGCGUUAAUUAUCAGGUCUUCCUGCGAGCCUUGUAUAACUUUGCAAAGGUUGAGAUGCGCCUUGGAAGGUAG